AUGGAUACCGGUGGUGAUGCCGACAAUGAGUCAGUCGCUGAAGACCCAGAAAGAAGUCAUUUCUGGUCGGCGAAAAGAAAAGAACGGAACUCGCCAGAACCAACAGAUAGCCAAGCUAAGAAGAAGAAGGACCUGAAACCAAGCCCUCCGAAAAACAUGGCGGUGCAAUACGUCCAUAAAAAGGAGGCGUCUAAAUGGCAAAUAGUCCAAUCUAGGAAGGAGAAGAGGAAGCAGGCCAAAGAACAACUUCCUAAGUAA